GAGAUCUUUUUUCAACCCCCAAAACAAGACGCUCCUCUUCUCCUUCUUCUCUCAUCAGAUCUUCUCUCUUUUUAAGCUCCUCGAUACAAAUCUCAAGCCCUCCGUCUCUUCUCUUCUAUAAAACACUCGCUAAUUCAAAUCCUUCCCGCUCCUCUCAACCCUAGAUACAUCACACCCGCGGAUCUGCGCAGAAUCAAGAGAGAGAGAGAGAGAGAAUAAACAAAAAAGAAGAAGAAUAAUGGAAGGGAAGGGAACAGCAGAACAAGGGCUGGAGGGAAGCCAACCAGUAGAUCUCAAGCAACAUCCUUCUGGAAUCGUCCCUACUCUUCAGAAUAUUGUUUCUACAGUCAAUUUGGACUGCAAAUUGGAUCUUAAGGCCAUUGCAUUGCAAGCUCGUAAUGCAGAAUACAAUCCCAAGCGUUUUGCAGCUGUGAUUAUGAGAAUAAGAGACCCGAAGACUACUGCUUUGAUAUUUGCAUCUGGUAAAAUGGUUUGUACAGGAGCCAAGAGUGAAGACCAAUCAAAAUUAGCAGCACGGAAGUAUGCUCGAAUCAUUCAGAAACUUGGUUUUGAUGCCAAGUUUAAGGAUUUUAAAAUUCAGAACAUAGUUGGGUCUUGUGAUGUUAAAUUCCCCAUAAGACUCGAAGGUCUGGCAUAUUCUCAUGGGGCAUUUUCAAGUUAUGAACCAGAACUGUUCCCUGGCUUGAUUUAUCGAAUGAAGCAACCAAAGAUUGUGCUUCUUAUAUUUGUUUCUGGAAAAAUUGUUCUCACAGGAGCAAAGGUAAGAGGUGAGACCUAUGAAGCCUUUGAGAACAUAUACCCUGUUCUUACGGAAUUCAGGAAAAACCAGCAAUGAUUGGUAUUAUGAACGAUGGUGGAAUUGUAUUUCAGGAAGGUAAUCCAGGACGUAUGGAAAUAUGGAAAUCAAAUGCACAGGGGUUUGGAUUGUACAUAAGGAGAUUGUGCAUUGUUUUAUCGGUUGAUGACUGAAAAGUUCAGUUAUGUCCUUUGUAGUAACUUAACUACAAAAAAAAAAAGAGAGAGAGAAAAAGAAGGAAGCUCAGCCCAAUUUAAGGGCGUUUGUGGGAAUCUUGUGCGUUAAAAUUGUUAAAAUGGAAAAAGCACUUAUUUUAGGCUAUACAAUAGAGCAAUAAAUUUCUUGUGGGUGGAUGUCACGUUGAUUAAAUUUCUUGUAGAGAGCAAUCGUUCUUCUUUCUCAAUGUCAUGUACUAUGGAUUAGCCUGAUAACCAGCUGCACAAUUGCACCGAAGUUAUAAUUUUCUACUCUCCUUCCCCAAA